CUCAAACUCAAAUAUGAGGACGCCAAACGUAACAGUCAGUCAUCUGACGAAAAGUUCACUCAACUUUCGGCCGAUAUGAAUCAGCUACGGGGCACAUUGCAGGAGAAAGAUUCCCUCAUCAUUGAUUUGAAUAAGAAUUUGAAGAAGCAGAACGAGGAUAUGAGUGAGCUUCGCGUGUCCCGACAAAAUUUGGAGAAGGAAAAAUCAAAACUGGAGAAGUUAAUUGAAGAAGUGAAAAAGGACCUGAUGAGCAAAGAUCAGGAGAUCAAAUCACUUCAACUUCGUGUCGACAGUGUUGCCGGCAAAUCACUCACAGAUCAACUUGCCAGUUCACAAGAAAGUGGACUGGGCACACCAGACAAUUCAUCGCAUCGCGAUGGGGGAACACUGAGUCGACGAAGUGCCGAAGUGGACCGACUGCGUCGUGAAUUGUCCAUGAUGCGAAGAGAACGAGAUGACCUUGUGGCCGAGGUCAAACAGUUGCGCACAAAACUGGAAAAACUGCGCAAAAAAGAGGACGGUCCGAAGAGAGAUCAACCCGAGGGACUUAUUGGAUUGCCUACUGGGAACGCCUAUGCGAAAGCGAUCGCAGCUCAACAAACUACUACAAAAAUAAGUUUGCUUAAUGAGCAUAUUUCGAAUUUAAAUCGUACAAAUGUGGAACUGAAGUUACACAACGAAUCAUUGCAUAACACGGUAAUCGAUUUGCAGCGGCGCUAUCGAAGUCUGAAAGAGCAGUAUGAAGGUGAACAAGAGGCCUGGCUGACUGAACGUGUGGUCUUGGAGUCGAAAGCUAAAGAGCAAGAAGACCGCAAACUGACAAUCAAUAAUACACGAAAGUUGUUACAGGAAACAACUGCAAAACUGUAUGAAGUGGAAGCGAAUGCGGAUCAGAAGCUUCAACAACUUCAAAUAGCCUACCAAAAUUUGGAGAAUGAAAAGCUCGACUUGGAGGGCAAAUUGAAUCAAAUUGAAGAGCAUCAAAAGCUGCCCAAAGUGCUUCAACGAUUUGGUGGAUCGGCGCAUACUAGUCGUGCCGGUGUUCUGAGUCCCCAAACCCGUACCGCCAACGGUGAGGCGAAGGAUUUAACGCGUCGUCUGGAGAGUGCCGAACGAACAAUGGAAUGCUACCGACAACAAUGUGAAUUGUUCCGCCAUCGGCAUUUCGAGGUCGAAGAGAACGCAGAACGGGAAUUCAAAGUGUGGCAAGAAGAACGGGAACACCUUUUGUAUCGGGCGGAAGAAGCCAGAGCCAUGAUCGAACAGUGGUCAAUGCAGCUCCAGUAUCGUACCGAUACGGACACGGAAAAGGCCGAGGAUGUGGUCAAAGAAGUUCUCACACAAAUGGAGAAGUGGUGUGCAAACCGAGGAAAAGUACCAUGUUUGAAACGCCGCAUGGUCGAUUCACUCUACUCGUUCGAUGGUGGUUCUUCGGUCACCGGUCUGGGCAGCAUCCCGGCCAGUCCAGCUGCCAGUGUGACCCGCGGUGGCCUCAUGGGUUCGUCGACUACGUCACCGUUUCCACCCAGUCGAAGUCAGGCGCAACGUUCCACUUCCAUGGAGUGGGGUAACGGAAGAUCUGUUCUGGCAUCUGGCACGUCUCUCGGGGGACACUACAGAGAGGGAAGUGUGGGGCUUGGUGGUUCAACAUUUGGUGGCGCAUUACGUGGCAGUGCGUUGAGUUUAGCUAUGGGCAAUAACGUUGGAGGAGGUAGUAAUUACAGUCUGAUUAUGGCCAAUCGCUGUGGUCGAUCCGUUUCGCCAGAAGUUUCAGUUCGGAAGAAGUUCUUCGAAGAAGACAAAAGUGCAUCUACCACCUCCCUGACAAAGAUUGGACAAUCCAAGACCGAAAGCAAAAAACCGGUCACCAUUACAGCCAGUACCGAGUUGAGUAGUAAACCACCCAUUCCAUCCCACACUGAAGCUAAAACCAAAACAGAUGAUGCGAAGCCGACCACACCAAAAGCCCCCGAACCAGGCAAAAACGAGGCGACACGAACCAGCUCAACUGCGAAACCAGUCGAAGAGAAGGCCUCAGCCCUUGUGGUCACUAAAACAAAGCACGGAUCCUCCAUCGCCAAUCGAAUCGCAAGAUGGGCUUCGCCGGGCCCGAAGUCCUCCAGUAAAUCCGCACUCAGCACGACCAGUUCGUCACAAACAAGUAGCGAAGGUAGUACGAAGAAAACGGAGAAAGACUCUAAAACACAGUCCACCGUCAGUUCAGCGAAAUCAGACAGUUCGACGAAAGUAAAACAGGAGAGUUCUAAAUCCAAAGAUGAGUCAAAAACCACAAUGUCUGACUCCAAAACAGCACUGACAAAAGAUGAUCACAAGUCCCCUGUGAAAGAAGAGAGUAAGAAAUCAUCUAAACAAGAAGAAGUCAAGGCAACCGGGAAGGACGAUAAUAAGUCGACGAAAAAGGAAGAAUCCAAGCAGACAGCAUCAAAGGAUCAUGGCACGUCAACAACAAAAGUCGAAGUUAAAUCCACCAAAACAGACAGUAAACCACCUUCGCUUUCCCAUCAGAUUUCCACUCCACCAGGAAGCACUCCGACCGGCAGUCAGGCACCGAAAAGAUCAGGCUCGGUGAGCACCAUUUCCCCAGCCAUUAUGGCACUUAGGCAAAAGUUCGCCGGUGGUGCGAAAUAA